CCACAAAACAUGGAUGCAUUUUUGGAAUUUGAUGAUUCGCUGAAACGUUCGGCAUCCAUGAAAAAGCAACUGAAGACACGAUGGAAGAAACUAGGGGGAACUGGCAUCGUAGAUGCUACAAGGAGGGUCCUGAAGGACCUGCUUUCUGAUCACGUGGCUAUGCACUACAGUUGGCAGGGAGGAAAAGGCAAGCGCCACUUCAGGGAGACAGCAUGCUGCGAAGUGAUGCUAGAUGUCCUAACAAGCAGAACUACUUGUGAUGGAACAGUGGCUGAAAUAGAGAAAGUGACAAAGUCAAGGUUGCGACACGCAAAAGAAAGAAUGGAGCGCAAGACUGUUAAACACCCAGAUGAUGGCGGAACCAAUGACGAAGCAGCACUUCCAACUGACCUGGAAGAAGCAAGCAUCAUGGACGAAACAUCCCACAGGCUGCUGGACAUAGAAGCGGACAAUGACGAUUCUGACCUGUAA